UUUGAAUCGAGCGGCGGGCUGCGCUGUGGGCCUGGUCUGCUGCCCUGGACGUGGUGAGGCCCGGACCCCGCGUCGCGCAGGCCGGCUGCUUCCCGGCGCCUCGGGUGCUUUCUGCAGCGGGCCUUGCGGAUCGCCUAGCCAGGGUGAGAGGUCCGCUAGCGUGACGCUGGUUAUCGUCCGCGGGGACGCGCGGGCCGCAGGCUCCUAGGAGAGAUGGAUGCCAGUUCUCAUGACAAGCAGUUCCCCCCAUCCCAGGAAUGUGCCGUUCAUAAUUCCGAAAAUGCCUCUUUUAUCUUGGGAACCGGGAAGCUCGUGAUGCCUGAUCCUUGCACCCCAGAUACCUUUAAGUCACCUUUAGACUUUAAUACAGUGACUGUAGAGCAGUUGGGAAUAACUCCAGAAAGCUUUGUUAAGCCCCCGUCAGGAAAGUCACCGUCUUACCUUAAGAAGGCCAGGCGACGAUCUACAGUUGGUGCCCGAGGCUCUCCAGAAACAAACCACCUAAUCCGGUUCAUUGCUCAGCAGAGAAGGUUAAAGAAUGCUGAGCGAUCACCACUGGCAUACAAUUCCCCCCUUGAGGUCAGCCCAGGCCUGGACCGCAGUGCUAAUUCCUUAAGAGUGCGAAUAUCUGCUUUCCAGUCAGCUUUUCACUCCAUCCAGGAAACGGAGACUCUGACUGGCAGCCCAGCAGUCGAGACGUCAGGUUUGGAUAAGAAAAAGAUUAAUUUGCAUGGUGUGAAAGCAGUUUUUCAGAGCACAAAGUCAUUGAAACUUGGUUCAGCUGAGUCUGGACAUGUAGUUGCUGAGUCUGUUCUCCUUCCAGAGCUCAUGGAGGCUUCACAUGGACUUGGGGUUGCUGACUGUGUAGAUGGCACAAGAUCAAUUAAUGCUGUUCCACUUGACACACCCACAGCACAAGGGAACUCAGACAUCGUCCCUGACAUCAGGUUACCAGCUAAACCUCUGUGCAGGAGCAACAGCCCAUCCUCUGAGACUUUUGUACUUCGUUCUGUAUUGAAGAAACCUGAUAAACCCUUUGCAGAGGGCUUACAGGAGCACAGCAACAACCUCUGCGAUGGAGGGACUCAUCCAAACUUGAUUCCAGAUCCUUCAUUCUGUUGCAGAGAACAAAAAGCGGAUCAAGAAAACAGUAAAACACCAGUUUUUCUAAAUGUGAGGAAGAGGAAGAAAGUUACUUUUGGAGAAGACUUAAGCCCUGAAGUGUUUGAUCAGUCAUUACCAGCCAAUACUCCAUUACGUAAAGGAGGAACGCCUGUGCCUCAGAAGGAUCUGAGUGAUACUAGUCCCCUGCUGCCUGAGCACUCACCAGUUGCCGAACAGUUACUUCAGCCAAAUUUUGAUGACAACGGGGAGAAUCUUGAAAACAUAGAACCACUUGAGGUAUCAUUUGCAGUUCUGAGUCCUAAUAAAUCUUCAAUAGCUGAGACUCUUUCAGGCACUGAAUCCUUUAGUUCUUCAAAUAACCACGAGAAGAUCACCUGUAAAAGUAGACCAACACGGACUUCUAACAGAAGAAAGUUGGUGGGUUUUGCAGAAGAGAAUGUUUGCAGCUCCCAUAACACAGAAGCUGAGCCUUGGAAAGAGAAGAAAAUUAAGAGGAGGAAGUCCCAAGACAGUAAAUGUACCAGCAGAGCACUUCCUAAAAAGAAACUGGUUUGUAAAGGUUUCAGAAAAAAGAAAAGAAAGGCAAAGAAGGUUGUUCAGAAAUCUUUAUAUGGAAAAAGAGAAAUUGCAUCCAAGAAGCCCCUCCUGAGUCCUAUUCCCGAGCUGCCUGAAGUCUCUGAAACAACCCCUUCACCUACUGGCCUUCACAGGAUACACCCAGGUGGUUUCAGCUUAAAUGGUGAACUGGAAGAAGCGUUCCCUCUCGACAAACCAAUGAAAAGAAAGAGGCUUCUGCCUCCUAACAUAGAUCUGCCUGAGCAUCCAGUGUUGGAGGAGUCUGACGAGUCUGAAUUGUGCUGCUCCUCGCCUGGCACUGCUGCUUUCAAGGGUGGGGCAUGUGCAAGUACCAAGGACACUGAUGGCCCUGACAGUGAUCCCAGAGCAGAAAGUAAGCUGCAAAGUGCAGAGGAGCCCAACAUGGAGACCAAGAAUGAUAAGAGCCUUGUUCCCUGUGCUGCUGGGACCAAAGGACACAUUGUAUCAAUUAACCCAAAGCCUGUGUGUGUCCCACAGCGCCAGGAAGUUUUUAGUGAUGGUCAAAAUGCAGAAAAUCUUUGUGAGAUCCUUAAACUCUCAGAGCAUAUGAGUGUGAAGUGUGGAGAGAGCACGUGCUCAGCUGCCAAGGGGAAGCUGCAGUGUAGCCCGCCUGUGCCUGACUCAGAGAAGGAACUUGAGUAUUCAGAAGACAUCCUAGCCGGAAACAUAAAGGAACCAACAAGCCACAUCAAGAAUGUAGGAAGUGAGUCUGCAGAAAUCCUCAGUGCCAGGGAGAGGAAGCAUAGAAGAUGCUCCGUGUACUGUUGGGGUCGUCAGCAUUCACACUUGGAGCAGAAAGGGAAUCCUGCAUCUUCCUGCAGUGUGGAAACCCCUGUGGAAAGUAGCUCAGGAAAUUCCCAGCUGUGUAAAGAUUUAUCUGACGCCAUAGAGCAAAGCUUUCAGAGAACAAACAAUGAAACCAAAGUGCGACGCAGCACAAGGCUCCAUAGAGACUUGGAAAGCACAGGACUCGUGUGGAUGGCGCUUCCAUUUUCUUCCACUUCUCAGAAAACCAAAAGAAGAACCAUAUGCACACUUGAUAGCAGAGAAUUCCAAAGUGUGUCCUCGGGACAAAGAUUGGAUGCCUUGCCCUCGGUCUCAGGUGGAGGAAGCAGCGAGAGCCAAGUUGCUGGCUCCUCCCGGAGGAAGAGCUUCUCUGGGGCUACACUCACCAGUGCUUAGAGUACCACACAGGCAGCAGGCUUCAGGAGCCCGGCCUCUCAAGAAGAAAGGCAGGCGCAAACACUCAGCUGCCCUCAGAGGGCUGGACAUGGAGAACUGAAGCAGUAGCUGAUGCUUCCCAGGCUCCGCUCUUUAGAGGAAGAGAUCUAGUGUCUUCCCGUCUGGUUCCCGUCCCGGUUUAACUUCAGUGCCUUACACAUUUCUAAUAAAAUCAUUUGAGUUAAAUGACUUUUAAAUAGAAGUAAGUUAAUUUGUCAUUCAGAAGGAAAAAAAUUACGUACGUUGUUUUCCCCCAAAUGCUAAAUGCUUGUGUUAGUCUUUUGCUGAAAGAGUUUUUAGACCCAACAAUAUGUCUCUGAAUUUUUAUUUCACAUAAGUACACAUUUACCACUAAAGGUUCCAUUGAUAGAAAUACCCUCUAGAAAUGACUGACUUCUUUUUGGAUAAAAUGAAGACAGACUUUGAUGAUUUGCCUUAUCCGUCUCAGAUCACAGUUUUACCUUGGUAGUUACAGUGAGGGCCUAUGUGAGACUUCAGAAAAAUUCCUUCAUUGACCAGAAUUCUAUAAAUCCACUGUUAUAAAAUUAUGUGAUUUUAGAAACAACUGAAAUCAUUCAAGAUUGUUCUAACUUUAUUGGCUAGGCAAGAGAGAUUGGUGUUUGGUUUAAAAAAAAGAUUCUUAGAUUAGUCACAGGCAGUUUGGGAUUUAAUUCAUGGAUUCCCAUUAAAGAUUUUUUUUUUUUUUUGGAAAAGUAGAAACUGAAAGGUGCUCUAGAUUCUUUACCAACAUGAAGCAUGGCGACAGCCCUGGUUGGUGUCUCUUCACCGCACUUUUCAGCUGUUGAUGCUUCUUGUCUCCUCACACCUAGCACUGCUGCUUGGCAGUUCUCUUGGUUAAGUUUUUGCAGUGUUCUCUAGUUUUUUGGUGACAGCAGUUUAAAAAUCUAAGUUUCUGUUUAUCUGGAAUGUGUGAAUGUAUAUAAAUCAUCUUAUCAUUAAACAGUGGCCCCAGAAACCCUUUAAAUCACCAGCCUCUCCUUCCCCCUGAUAGCAGAAACAUGUUAACAAAUAGAGCUCCCUAUAAAUAACACAACAGGGAAGAAAGCUCCCGCUGAGCGACCAGGUUCCCCCUUGGAGGUGGAGACUAUUUGUUACCGCCUUGGCACCGCCAGGUCUGGAGCUCCUGCUGGGAAAGACUAAUGUAUUUUACAUUAACACGCAAAGUGAUCCCCAAUUCCUUCUGCUGAAGGGUGGAUUGUCCAAAAAUUUCUUUUAUCUUCACAUGUAAAUUAUUUAUGGACGUUUCUCUCCUGUGUAUGUGGUCACCAAAUCAGUACCACUAAAAACACCUUUUGGUUUGGGUAAUUUAAAAAGGUUAAAAAAACAAACUUAGAAGCAUGUUAGAGGGUCUUGGGUUUUAAGAAAACAAUUUUAGUAUUUCUCUUAUUCAGGAUGAUUAUUAUUUGCCUCCCUUUCUAGUUCAUGGAAAUAUGUCAACUCAGCUGUAUUUGUCAGUUUUUACAGGCUUUGAGUUCUCACCGUGCUGAGGAGGAGGAGGGGAAGAUUUGAUCUGUGGUUUUGACUCGGUUUUUCAAAUGUAAAUGUGUUCUAAUUUUGGAGCACCAGCAAUUAAUGAUACAAACCCACUUUUCGAGUUCGUUCAUUUUCAAAAUGUCUCAUUAUGAAUCUUUGAUUCAUGUUUAUAAAUAUCCGUAAACAAUAAGGACAGGUCUUAUAUGCAAAGCUUCGUGAAAAGUGACUUUCUGUAUUUGAUCAUGCUGGCUUGCUUUUUGUUGUUACUUUUUAUUAACGGUUAGCUUGAAAACAUGACUUCAAAAAAUGUUUCCUCAUCUUUUUUUCCAGAAGGAACUAACCCUUAGAGUUGAAUGCCUCUCGUACACUGCUUGUCCCCGCUGAGUCUCACUUCUUCCACAAGAUGGCAGUGUGGCACCUGGGCAAAAGUGUAAAGACCAGGGCUGUUACUGUGCUCCUAUUUUUUUUAAACUCGUUUUUAUCCUAGAACGAUGAGUAUUUAUGUAGAACGCAGAGUGCAGCACAUAAUUUAAAAGAAAUAUUGGCCGCUUUCUUCCUCUCCCACCCCACACAAAUAUACAGCUCACCUUCCCCAACAGCUUUCUGUAACUGGCAUGCAUUUUCCAGACUUCUGACACACACAAAAGUAUGGUUUUGGUUGCCAGUGUGAUCGGUUUAUGUGCCACUCUGCAACUUGUAUAUUCCACAGAAUACAUGAUAAAAUACUGUUUUUCAGUCUUCUGUAGACAGCCCUGGUUCCCUUGAGUCUCCGAGCCUGUGAUAGAAUAAUGACAUAUUUUGGACACCUGUAAUGUAGGCAGUCAUCUCUUUAGUCAUAAAUGUGAGUUGUCUCUUUUUGCUACUGAAAAUGAAGUCACAAGCUUGUGUGAAAAUGAAAGUACAGGAAUUCAGAUGGCUGCAAGGCGCUCCUCCACGGAUGUGAACCCGCAAGCCCCAUGCCGCACAGCUUAGCAUCUCUGCUUCUCUCGUGGUCUCUCGUCAUCAGACUGCUUUGUGUGUGCUUCUUACUCGCCUCCCUUGACUGGAGUUUCAGAACAAGGAUAAGCCCUGAGUGGACAGUAACAUGGAGGAAAAGAUGGAUAAUGCCUGACUCCUACUUUAAAUUGAAAGCACUGGUUUUAAAAGUGCAGCUUGUGGAGGCAAAAUAACUUAAAGUUGACUCUUAAAAGAGCAUGCUGUUUGAAUUUGGGAAAAUGUAUGCCAUCACCUACCACUGACAGCCAAGUAAUAGAGCAUUUCCAUCAGCCUAAUAUCUUCCCCCACCCAGGCCUUCACAAUUGAUGAUCUGAUUCCUGUUGUAGUUCUGUCUUUUCUAGAAUGCAACAGAAAUGGGAUCAGGUCAUAUAUAAUUAGUGCCCUUUUUUUUUUUUAACAGCAGAGUGCUUUUGAGAUGCAUCCAUUUGCAUGUUGUAAGUUGUUGACACCUGUUUAUUCCCGAGUAUUGUUCCACCCUGGAUUUUUGGAUUGUUGGGGGUUUUCUUAUGAAUAAAGUUUUAUGUGUGCAUAUGGUUCUUUUUACAGUUAGAUGUUUCCAUUUAUCUUGGGUUAGUUUCGAGAUAGGAGCUCUAUUUGUACUUCCCAGUGACUGAUGGUGUUGAACAUUUUUUAAUGCUCGUUUGCCACCGUAUGUCUGUCUUAUUCUAAUAUCUUACACAAGAUUUUGUUGUUACUAUUGCCAUACUGAGUUGUAUAUUUUAUGUAAGCCCUUUACUGGCUAUUUUUCCUAUGUUUUUCCCCAGUCCAUGACGUCUUAAUUUUGUUUCCUUAGUAUAAUCCUUUGAAGAUCAGAUUUUCAUUUUGUUGAAGUUGAAUUUAUCUUUUUUUGUUUAUUUUCCUAUAAUGGUUCAUGCCUUUUGUAUCUAAGAAUAACCAGGUAUAUGGUUCAUAUCUAUAAUCCCAGCACUGGAGAAACUGAGGCAGGAGAAUUGCUGUGAAUUCAAAGCCAGUCUAGGAUAUUUAGUGAGUGCCAGACUAGUCUGAGCUAUCUCAAAAAGCUAAAAGAAAAGAUUUCUUCCCUAAGCUCAAGGGCACAAAGAUUUUCUAGAAGUUUUAUGGUUAUAUUUCUCACUUGAGACUUCUGUCUACUUUGAGUUAAUUUCUGUGUAUUGCAAGAGGUGACUGUUUUUUGUUUGUUUAAAUGGAAAUCACCCAGCAUUGUUUAUUGAAAAGCACAUUUAUUCGUUGAAUUAUGUUGACACCUGUGUUAAAAUCAUAUGGUAGGUCUAUGUCUGGACUUGAUUCUACUUAUCUGAAUGUGUGGCAAAUACCAUACCAAUGUCACAUUAUCUUGAAAGCUCCCUCACCCCCCCCACCCCCCAUUUGCUGUGAAUUUUUAUUGCCAUUUAUGUUGGUGGGGGCUGGGGGAAUGGAGUGGAGGCCAGUAGAAACAAUAGGUUAACAAAUCUGUCUGGGGCCUUCCAUUGCAACUAACCCUUCUCCCUUUUAGAGACCAGGAGGCCAGUCAGCCAUAAAAGCAGUCAGAGAAAUAGUAAGGAAACCAGCUUCCCUGGGCGCCUACACAUUCAGUCCAGGCUCAAAAUGGACUGGUGUUAGCAUGCUGUGAACUAACUAUUUCAAGUGUGGCUAGUGCACUGGUGUGUUCAUUUUUGUGCAUUAUUUGAUUGUUUUUUUUAAUGGACCUGAUACAGCAGAAACAUUCUCAAAGUGAGAUGAGUAAUCGCCUGUUCAGUGGACAUGGAUUUUUAAUUCCACAUCUCCAAGAUGAGAUUUAGCCUGGUUAGGACCCUAACAAUUUGUUAGGAAUGUUUUUGGAAAAACUUAAGAAAUUGAAAUUCAAGAAUUUUCUGGAACUGUUUGUAAUUUUUGGUACUUUAAGCUUUAUGUCAUAUAUGAAAAGGAAAA